UCCUUACUGACAAGAGGGGAUAACUCUAGAUUUUCAGAUCUACAACAUGUCUAAUUUGAUGAUUAGAAAACUGCAGAAAGAAAUAGAUAAAGAGACAUGUCAACCAACAAAUCGUUAUUUAAAGUAUUGUUAUUUUCUAGCUUUAUCAAAACACAGGUGCUGAAGUAUAUAAACCAAAUGUACAAAGUAGCAGAGAGUCAAGAUCUGAAAGUUCAGGACCCAAUGACAGCAUGUCAGUAUUGUGGAAGUGAUUAUACCCCAACACAGAGAAGAGUUAGAAUCAAGUCAAAGGUCAAGCUAAACAAGAAACUUGUAGUUUUGUUAAAAAAGUAUGAUAAAGAUCCAAACAGCCUUGGGAAGUUCCAGUCCAAUGUAGUUCAGACAUAUUUAAACAGUUGUAAUACACUGGUUGUCAUGUGUAAUGUGUGUACAAAGAAAACCAAGUUUCCAUGUUUAAAGAGAGCAGAUUUGAUACAACAAAAAGUUAAAGAACAACAAAGUUUACAAAAUCAGGAUAUUGUUGAACCAGAGAAGAAGUCAAAAAAGAAGAAAAAGAAGAAGAGGAAAGAAAGAGAGGAAGCACUUAACCAGAAACAACCACCUCUGCAUUCUGACUCUAUUAUUGAUAUAGAAAGACAGGAAAUAGAAAUAACAUCUGCACAACCAGGAACCAGUUCUAAAACACAUACAAAGAAUAUUUUAGACACUGCUACCAAUCAGAGAACAUUGACCAGGUUACCAGAUUCUCCUAAAUUACCCACUGUGACACCUAGUAGACAAUCUCUAACAAAGACACCAGAUAUACUGGGUAAUAAAAGAACUAGUAAUGUGCUUCAUACUACAAAAAGUGCAAAGAAGAGGAAAGCUAAAAAUAUAAAUCAACAACUUGGUCAAAUUUUAGCAAAUGAAAAAUCUGAGACAAAAUCUGGAAACCUAAUGGAUUUUUUAUCUAGCUUAUAAUAAAUGCAAUCAGUUUCUCUUAA